GUCCCAGAGGAAGGGAACUGCUUGGCACGUGUUCUCUCUCCUGUCCUCCUUCUAACCCUGGCCACAAAGCAGCGAGGUCUGUCAGGUUUUUAUCCAGCUUGCAGGUAAAGGGUUACAGAUUCUAGGAAGUAUUAAAUGCAAACUUUAAAGGAUUUUAUUUUCAUCUGCAGUCACAUGACGCCCUAAUACCCAAUGACACUAACUACAGUGUCUCAUUAAGAGGUCAUGCGAACUCCCAAGCUAAACAAGGCAUUCUUACAUAUUUAACAUUCAAAUGCAGAAGCCACGCUAAGCCAUGGAAGAUUGCAAUCAGAAAAAAGCUACACUUCCUGAUCAGCACAGAAGCUACAGGUUCUUUAAAGAGGAGACAGAUUGCUAGCAUUUUGGGCUGAAAUCUGGAGGUUAUUGGGGAAUGUGAAAGCUCCUUGCUGCUUGGGUCCAUGACAAACACGCAGAUGCGAUUCAUGCGCUGGAACAACCCGCACCACCAUGGAUGAAGAUAUCUAAACCAAACCUUUCCAGCAGUCGAUGGAGUACAAUCUGAAAGAUUAAAGAAAAUCCAGAUGGGGUGCAGGUGCUGCAAAAUGAUACAAAGCUAUAUUUUUGAUCCAGAAGAAGUACAGUCACCUGGAUGCAUUCAUGAAGCAAAAAGCUGCAAACGGGAUGAGCAAAGCAGCAACAAAUUCAAAUUCAAACACAAUAGUGAAAUUCAGGAUCACAAAAAUGAACUCCAGAAGGAUGAGCUAAACGGAACAGAACACAAGAAUCGGGUAAAUAGCACACAGGGAACCCUCGGGAACCAUGGAGGCAAUGCUUCUCAAGAGGAUGGCCUCGGGAGGUGCCUUGCAAAGCCUGAUGUUGCAGUCAAUGGUGGCAGCUCGUGUGCUGGAGCACACCCUGGUCUUGGUCCCAACACAAACCCAGUGAAAGAAGCCAGUGAGCAGGGAACCUCCAGCCUCCAGCUGGCAGAGCCUCCUUCAGCCAGCACUAGAGACUUUCAUACCCACCUGAAUGGCCAAGAGCUUGACAUAGGAGUAGGCAGCCACAAGAAGGCAGCCUGCAGUGAGCCAAACAGUAUUCAGGAUGGGAAGGCCCAGGCUGCAGAACAUAGUGCCUUUCUCAGAGGAACUGCAAUGCUGGAGACAAAAAACACCACCAUACAACUGCCAGAUAUAGAUUGUCACCAAAACGGCAACAGACUGAGGAACUAUGUUGAAAAAGAUAGCUUUCCGGUCAACUGUGUGCAUUCAGACCAAGUCACCAGGCCUUCAGCCACACAGGUCCAAGGCCUCUGUGUAACGCCACCUUCACACGCGAAGGAAAGCAGUAUUGAACCUUUUAAAACUGACUCUGCAGGUUUGAGCAAGGAUGUUCUUGAUGGUAUCACUGCCAUGGCUGUGAGUACAGCACUACAGGCACCCCCACACCCCAGUCACAAAGACAUCAAUGGAGAAAUCGAGGAGGAAGAUGCAGAAGUAGCAGCAGCACUGGCUGCACUGGAAGCUGCAACUGCAGGCGAAGACCUGGAGGAUGAUGAUGAAUACUAGAUGAAGGUUGCUUUCCAAUACACUGGCUGAUAUCCAGAAUUUAUUUCUGGAUCUACAUGAAUGCAUGUGUUGUACAUGUAGUCAGCUGUUACAAACAGCAUAUGUAAAAAGAGAUGGGACUAAAUGUCUGUCCCUUCAGCUGUUUUAUACAGCCUUGUAAUUCCUACUGCCUGGGAUACGCUCUUCUCUACAGGGCCAACCAGGAGGGCAGAGCAUCAUUCCUUCCACACAGGAUAUUCUGCUGUAUCCCCACCUCACAAGGUCUCAUGCAAAUGUUUCCUUUAGUUUUGAUUUUCAUGAGGGUCUGUGCACACCAUAUGUUCCAGGUUCAGAAAAACUCCAUUAUUCAAAACUGAACUAGAGAAACUACAGACUUUCAUCAUGAUAGCAAUAACAAAAUUGGCCCAAAGUUAUCUCUGAUCUUUAGGAUGCAGUGUGGCUUGCUCUUCAGCAUGGUCUUGGUUCCUUUUGGUUCUACUCCAGAUUAAACCCAAAUCCGUGCACAUACAUCUGGGAUUGAAACAAUAACCCUACCUCUUCUGUUAUACCUCCCCUAGACUUAAUCUGAUACCCAGUGACCUGUUUUAGUUAAUUAAAACAGUGGGAGCCUAGUCAAAUUCAAGAGUGGGUAACUCAUGUGGUUUGAUGAGCUGAAGUAGCUCAUAAGAACUGCACACAUGCUAUCAGAAGUGCUGGAGAGGAAUCAAAACUCAGUCCUACUGAUUGGUAGAUUAAAACUAUUGUGAAACGACAACCCAAGACCUCUCAACUCUGCUAAAUUUUCCAGGCAUGUAUCACUUGCCCUAAAAAGACAGUUUGCAACCAGGUUGUGUCUCUAGGCUCCCCAGCAAGAUGUGCUUUGUUUAUAUGCAAACAAAGAAGGAAUGUGGUCCCAUUUCUGACUUGUCUGCAGUCCCUAAACUUACAGCAGCAGAGGGAUCGAGCUUACAAGCUGAAUUAAAUAUGAGACCUCAAAAUAUCAGAGCUGGUAUGUCUACCAUAUCUCUGAUCUUCAGACUAGUGCAUUACUUUUGUUGUAUUCCUCGUGGAAAGCAAAAGAGUUAGAGACCAACUUGGUGCUGUCAUUUCAUCAAAAGUGGGAUAUUAAUGGUUGAAAUAGUGCUUAAAACUUUGUACUGAGAUUUCACAGUUUCUCAGCCUGUUAAGCACUCAAUAAAUUUUUUUUAAACUUAUGAAAAA